CAUAAAGUCAUUAUUCUUUCUUAACAAAGCGUGACAAGUAUAAAAUUGAACUUAUUUUUGGCAAGAAUUAAAUUAACAUCAUGUCGGCUUUAAAUGUAAAUGAUAUCUCUUUUGAAGAAAAGCAGUUAUUUGUUCCCAGUUUGGAUGAGGUUAAAACAGUCCUUGAAGGUGCUCUUUUAAAGAAUUUUGAUGAUGUUCAUGUUGAAGUAGUGGAUUGCCCAAAUCUAUCAAAAUCACCUUAUGAUUUGGUUGAUACUGGUCUUUGUGGUUCUCCAUCAUUACUUGAAGUUGGUGGACCACCAUUUUUGCUACCUCUUGUCCAAAGGAACAAAAUAUAUGACCUUAAAAGCCUAAUCAAAAAAUGCUAUCCCGAUGCAAAAUCUAGCAUUUUAGCUAUUGGUGCUGGAGCUGGUCCAUUUCCUAUUCGUGGAACCAACUGCGAAGGUAUCUACAACAUGAAGCUUGCAGCAAAUGGAGAUGUCAUCAACAGCAGCUAUACAGCUAAAGUUCAUGGUCCAAAUGAGGAAUGUGUGUUGGAGAAAGUACCUCCAACAGAGACAAGAAGUGCACUUUUACUUAAUCUGUUCCUCAGUCAAGGAAAACCUGGCAAAGUACUAAAAGUUGUGUGUCACAAACGCAAGGGAAAGGAGAAUUUUGUGGAAUGCAUGCGUUUGGGUUUGGAGAAAAAUUAUGGUGAAAAAUGUGUAGGAAUGGGAGGAAUAUUUCUAAUAAAGAAUGGCCAUGUUCAUCAGCACGUUAUGCGUGAUUUUUCCAAGACCCCAAUUCAUACAGACGAAGAUGUAAAUAAUUGGCUCAAGUUCUAUAAUAUGCCUGCUCAAUUGAAUGCAGUUGGAACUUUAGUUACUCAUGAAAAUGAUAUGGACUUGCGUCUACAACAUUUCCAUAGUUUUUCAUCGUCUAAUUGGGGUGGUCAUUAUCAUUAUGAUACAACACCAGAUACUAUAGAAUACGAGGGUUACUUCAACAUUGCUGAACGAAUUAUUCGAAUUGAUAAACCAACUGUAACACACAAAGUUGGCAGGGAUUAGUUUGGAAAUAAUUUUUAUUUUAAAAUUAAAAAAUGAAAAUUAUAAUAAUUAAUUUAAUUAUUAAACUUUAAUAAUUUUUUUGUACAUUAAUAAAUAAUGAAAUGAGUUUCUUUUGGAAAA